AUGCUUUUAAUUGGAAGUGAGCUCGCGUGGAAGCUCUUGACCAUCGACCCCUUCCCACUCCAUCCCCGGCCUCCUAUCCAGUUCGUCAGCUUCCGGCUCGUCCAUACACCCUCCGUAGUCUCGUCCGUUUCGGUGGUCUCGAACAAGAUGCGCUUGCAAGCUUCCAGCCGCUUAAACAUCCCGACCCCUCGAAUUACCCUCAGCUCAACUGAGACCAUCCCGCGGUCCUCUCAAACUUUUCAUCGGGAACCUCCUGUUGGACGACGGCGUGCUGCCUAUUCCAAGAGGAAUGAUAUCGCGUGGCCAGCUGUCUCGCCUCUCGCCGUUCAAUCGACUGCGAUCAGCCUGCUUGUCAAGUCCUUCGGGGCUAUGUCCGUCUGCACCUCAGAUCAGCACCCAUCCGGCUCGACAUCAAAAAUACAGUCAUCUAAUCCAAGCGGUGGCCAGCAGCAUGACCACCAAUCACUCAUUGCCAGCUAUCUUCCCUCGAUCAGGUCGCUAGCCUCAAAACUACCUUCCAACCUCAGACAUCCACCCACUGCAUCCGAUCUCCUACCUCUCACCAAAUCGACCCUCGAUCGGCUACAUAUACGACUGAAAUGGCUCACCAUCCGCUCCUUCCAUCCCUAUCGGACCGACGAUUACUCGGCCUUUGCAUCUCUCUUCGUACUGCUCAACAUCAUCCUUGCCGCGAUCGGAACAACCACCUUUCUGGGCAUUUUCCUAUUCCUUUUCAACAAGGCAGGCAUGGAAGACCUCGUAGCACGUUGGCUGAGCAACCGGCUCUCGAACGCAAGCGGAGUAGAGAUUUCAUUUGACUCUGCCCUCGUGCCCCGAUGGACCGACGGUAUGAUUCGGUUUGAGAAUGUUCGGGUCUCUCGUGGUGGUCAAUCCCUAGGGCCCGAUGCAACCAGACUAAUGAGUCUCGUUUUGGACAGUAACAUCCCCAACCCGCCCCCUCGUCGAACCCUUGACCUUUCCCCACUCCACCCUGAUCAGCACCCCUCAGCAUCAGAACAAGAGGCCCAGUUCCCAGAUUUCACAUCACCUUCAGAACCCGAUCCUGCCUUGGCCAAUUGCACUCACUUCUACCUCACCAUUGCUUCCAUCGAUGUCACCUUGAGUCUUGGUCGAUGGCUCGAUGGAAAAGGCCUUCUCCGACAAGCUGAAGUCAGAGGCGUACGAGGUGUGAUCGAUCGUUCUCACCUACCUACCUGGUCUGGCGAUAGCACCGUUCCGAUUGAUAGACGUGAAUUUAGAAAGGUGGCAACUGCGGGUGAUUUUCAUCUCGAACAGGUCAUGAUUGAAGACCUACUGGUCACCAUAUUCCAGCCAGGCAACUUUCGUCCAUACACGUUCUCAAUUUUCAACGCCACAUUCCAUAAACUUAGAAAACAGUGGCUGUUCCUUGACCUUCUUAGCGCCGAGCGAAUGGCUGGACAAGUAGAUAACUGUUUAUUCUCGUUGCACAAGCCUCAAUCGAUCACUCAAUCAAAUGCCAAGGUUGGUCUCUGUGAGCAACCCCUAUCAUCCAGGCAACUCGAAAAUGGGCGAGAAUCGUAUAAGCGAUAUAAGACGCGACUCUCAAGAUUUCGGAUCGAUGGCGUCCCAAUCGAUCACCUGCAGGGCAACUCAGCUGGUUCCGACUCUGAUGGCCCACUCAGUUGGAUUAAUAGUGGCCGGGUUGACGUGAUUGCGGAUAUCCGCUUACCGCUAGAAAUCGACGAACUCGAUCUGAGGACGGUGGUCCGAGAAAUUGUCGACAAUUUCGAGAAAGAACUAGACAUCAAUCAGCGAACUGUGCAUGAUGAUGGGAAUGUGCAUCAUUCGUCAAACAAGCGGAACGGAUUGAUUAGCGAGCGUCGAAAUCUGAUCAAGCCUCAUCUGAAGUCCCCUAACGUCGAAGACUCAUCGGAAGUUGACCCCUUGUCUCACAACCAGAACAACGAUUCAAUAUCGGAACGGAACGAUCAAGAAACAGAAGAACAAGUUGUGAUCGAGUUGGAUCUGAGGUUCAAAGAUCUCAAAGCCAGCGUACCAAUUUUCAGCAGCAGUCUAUCAUAUGUCAACAAUGCACUGGUCCGCCCGAUCGUUGCAUUCAUCAAUGCCAACCGGACGUUGAUACCGAUCAAGUGUCAGGCGAAGCUCGACCUGGAGGAGUUCAACGGAAGUUGGACGACAUACGACAUCGGCUUGAUUGAGAUCAUCUCGGAGCAGGUCUAUGAAGCCUUAGCUUACCACGUUGGAAGCGACAAGGUAGCCCAAGCCAAUCGAUUACAUAAGGUGGGCAGAUGGGGAAUCCAGAUGACUGCAAAUGCUAUCCUCAAUACUCUCAAACAGCACUGGGAUGCUGCCCAUUAA